UCUAAUCCAGAUGAAUCUGCUUUUAUCGUUUAUUUUUUAUGUUUUGUUUCUCAAAGUCAAAGCUAAAUGCUUUCAUUCUCACUACACAAAUUGGUGGUAUCAACACCACCAUUAACCAACUACUGGAAUUUGCAUCCGCGCUCUCCAAGAAAUGGCUCCUUUGCUUUCCCUGAUGUUAGUAAAUGUAGUGGAAGUGAUCCCAAUACAACAUUUACUUUUCCUUUAAUUACAUCACCUCUCUCAAAACACAAGACUUGCUCAAAUGUUCACUCUCUCCUGCCGGCUUUUUCCUCGGAUUCUAUCCAACAAGAAGCGGAAGAAGAAGAUGAAGAAUAUCAUGUGCUGACGGCAGUGAGAAGCAAGCAUAAUGACAUCAUAAUCGUGGACACGCCUAAAGCCAGGAUGUUGCUCCUUGAUUCUACUCAUAAUGUUCAUAGCAUUCUUAAUAAGGGUCAGAAAUGGACUGGGUCGUAUUGGGAUGAAUUUGCUAGUCUACCAGCUGUCAUACCAAAAGGUCCUAUUGCAAUCUUGGGCCUGGGUGGUGGUACUGCUGCACAUUUGAUGCUUGACUUGUGGCCUUCAUUACAGCUUGAAGGCUGGGAGAUUGAUCCAGUUUUGAUUGAUAAAGCAAGACAAUAUUUUGGGCUAUCUGAUCUUGAGAAGCAUAAUAUGGCUGGUGGCAUAUUGGAUAUUCAUAUUGGGGAUGCCCUUCGCCCCUCAGAAAAUGAUUCUGGAAGAUAUGCUGGCAUUGUCAUUGACUUGUUCUAUGAAGGAAAGGUUUUGGCACAGUUACAAGAGGUUGCAACUUGGUUGAAUUUGAAAGAUAGAUUGAUGCCCAAUGGUCGUUUUAUGGUGAAUUGUGGUGGCAUACAUGAAAAAUCAGAUACUAUAGGUGGAAUAAUCCACCCGAAAUUAGUGGAUGGUACUUGGGUUGAAAAUUCUACCAUCAAGGCAUUAUUUGAAGCCUUCCCUGGACAAGUAAGCUGGAAGAGAAUGCCAGAAACACAAGGUGCAAAUUUUCUUGCAUUGACAGGACCUUUUCCAGAUUUAACAUUUUGGUCUUCUAAGGUCCCAGAUCCUUUAAGUGAAACUGUGAGGCAAUGGAGGCCUUAUGACUCUAUUCCAUGAGGGACUAUUUGCUCUGACUUGGUUAUAUUGUAGCGAAUAACUAUGAUUUUUUUAAUGACUACUUAAUCAAAGGUGAAAUUCUCAUUAACCAACUGAUUCAAAUUUACUCUAAAUAGCCAUGAAGGAUAUACCAUUUAAGAUACUGUAUUCUCUCAAGUUAUUGUCUAAAAAAUUUGUCAUCUUUUCCUCAUUUGUAUUUGGCACUUCUGUUGAAUCUUUUAUUCUCACUAAGGAUAUGUAAGAUCAUUGUGAUUUCUAGAAA